CUUGUACUUGUAGCCCCACUGACUCCGCCCUUCCGGGGGCAGCCGCUGCUCACAAAUGUGUUUUCCGUUACGCCAUUUUCCAAUCGACGUCUGAAGAACAACCGAGCCGGAGAAGCGCGGAAAACCUGAGCCGCCGAUUUCGACAAUCCUCGAAGAACACAGAAAAUCGAGGCCUCAUCCCUUUGAUUUGCAAGCAGCAGAAUCCUGUAUAAUGCAGAAGAAUAACGAUUCAGUCAUGCAUCGUGACUGCCCUCUGGACUGCAAGGUCUAUGUGGGCAAUCUGGGCAACAAUGGGAACAAGACGGAGCUAGAGAGGUCAUUUGGCUACUAUGGUCCCCUGCGCAGUGUCUGGGUGGCCAGGAACCCCCCAGGGUUUGCCUUUGUAGAAUUUGAGGAUCCAAGAGACGCAACUGAUGCAGUGCGUGAGCUUGAUGGAAGGACAUUGUGUGGUUGCCGUGUGCGAGUAGAGCUGUCAAACGGUGAGAAACGCAGCCGUACCCGUGGCGCCCCUCCUUCGUGGAGCAGACGUCCUCGAGACAGAGAUGACUACAGGCGUCGCAGCAGCCCACCGGCCAGGCGAAGAUCCCCACGCAGGAGGAGCUUCAGUCGCAGUCGUAGCAGGUCUUUCUCCAGAGACAGGAGGAGGGAGAGGUCCCUCUCCCGGGACAGGAACCACAAACCUUCAAGAUCCUUCUCUCGAUCAAGGAGCCGCUCCAGGUCCAACGACCGAAAAUAAAGGAACGUGUGAAGGUCGAAAGGGAGCUAAAGAUGAACAGUUGUUCAGGCUUUGCCGUUUCAUGAUGGACUUCAACUUUGGUCAUUGUUGUGUUGGGUUUUUAAACAAUCAAGCAUUUUAGUGUCCCUGCCCUUUUUGCUGUUAUUGUGAUCCUUUUUUUUUUUUGUGGGUGUGUACAGGAGUGAUCAGAUAUUGUCUGUCGCCUCAGUCCCAAGACAUUUGUACCACCUAGCAUUCCAGUUCAGCAGAAAAACUCUUGAUAUCUUUUGUUUUUUGUUAAUUAAUGUACUGUGUAGUUCAACAUAGUGUGAGUAGUUCUUCAUUUUGUAAACACCAGCAAAUUUUUUUUUAGGAAGGACUGGGAUAAUGUGAUAUUGCGUCCCUCUUUAUGUUUUCCUGCAAAUCAUUUUCAACAUGCUACUUUCUUCAUAAUGAAGGUUCACAUCUGUUAAUGAAGUUGCAAAACUUUUUUUUUAAGGCGUUAUCAAUACGUCUAUUUUUUGUCAAUUAUGUUCUCCAUAAUUUGCUUUGGUUUCAUUCUCUGUGAAACUGUCUCAAUAAAAGUACUGGUUGUUAAACAGUU